AUGGAAAUGAUUAAAGAACGUACCAAUAUUUUGCGUGAAAAUGAGAUGAAGAGAAAUGAAAUACACAAACGAUUCUUAUGGAUAGUUGGAGUUACACUUCCAGCAUACGCUUUAGCAUCGAUUAUUUGGACCGUUGCAAAUAUUAUCUUCUACAAAAGGCAAAAGCAGAAAUUAGAAAGUGGUGGUAAAGAGAAUACGUUUAAUCGAAAUCAGGAAAGACAACGUUUACUGCAACGAUAUAAUCAAAUUCCACCAGCUAAUUUGCAACUGAUUGAUCAUACAUCGUUACCUGUAGCAGAAAUCAGUGAUGACAGAAAUAAUUUAAAUAAUAUAUCCGUUCAUUCCUCAUUUGAAGCUAAUCGUGCACGUGUGGAAGCAAUUCUAAAGCGCAAUAAUGAACCACAAUUUAUGAGAAGAAUUUGA